AUGUGGCAGAAAAUUCAAACUAAGAUUGAACGAAACUUGCAAAUCAAACAGGUGGAUAGUUGUAGGACAAUGACAGCAAUAUGCUUUGUUUGCAACUUACCAAUCAUGAGCCAUCAAGUUGGCUUGGUCUGGAGUGGAGGAAACGGAUGGGAUGAUCUCAUGAGAGAACAAGAAUGCGAGUCAACAAUUCGUCAACGUUUAGGAGGUAGAAGAGACUCAGCAGCUCAAAUAUCCGGGCAAUCACCUCCUAGCACUUCUCCACCUCCUACAAACAGGAAUCGUCGUCGAAGCUCUCUUGCACAACUCACAGAUAUUCUCAGAGAAUGGAGUGGGACGGGGACGAAAAGAAAUCAAAAACCGCCUCUCAAUCGCCGCGAGACGUUAGCAGACUUGGCAAGGAGCUUGCCAUGGCAUCGCAUUAGCAAUGAUCAAUAUACUUCGCAAGGUCAUGCGCCCCCGUUGCGCAAGAGAAGAGAAUCGAGUGCUGAUUCAGGCAUUAAAAGUAUGAGAUCAAGACGAGAUUCUCACACUUCAGAGCUUGCAAAAAUUUGGAAUCGGAAAGAUGCGAUGAAUGAAAAAGAAAAUCAAGAAAUUCCCAAUGUUUCUGUCUUAGCAGACACAUCAACAACACGAAAUGGAUCUCGAAGGGGCUCUGGAGAUUCAAGUUAUCGUGGUUCGCGACGUGACUCGACUCAAAUUUCAGGAUCAGCAUUACCGAAAGUCAUUGGUGUGCAAAGGAAACGGCGCGAUUCUUUGGCUGCUCCUGAAAUCCCAAAUUUCCGUCAAGAACAGCGACCUUCAACAAGCUCUGCUGAUUCUGGUCCCCUCUAUCCACAACAAAUCGAUUCGUCAUGUCAGUCAAUUCCAAUGCCAACAAUAAUUAUGAGUUCCGUCACACCACCCGCGACAAGUCCUAAAUUUGAAGUUCCAAAAUCAGGCCGACGUGAUUCAACAACACAAUGCAAUAGUAGAAUGAAUCGACGUGAAUCACGUCUACAGAGACAAGCAACUGCUUAUGAUGAGUCGUGCACACCAUCAUGGUCGAGGCGAGGGUCACAACCACAACAACCAGCAUUAAGCCCAGAAGGUGGUCCAAAUGAUGUUGGAAGUUUAUGUGAACGUCAAGCUCGUCGUGACAGUUUAAGCCCAGAAAUUAAUACCUCGAAAAGUCGACGAGAUUCUCGCUCUCAUUUGUCUCCUGAUAGGAGUCAUGAACGUGAUGGAAGUCCACGAAGACGAAGUAAACUACGUAGACAAUCAUCAUCUGCUGCUAGAACACCGAGAUCCCCGGAAUCAAGUAGUUGUUGUAGCUCCAGAGAUCCAAGUCCCGGACGCUUGCCCAAUCAACCAAUUGAAUGUACACCCCGACCUCAAGCAAUUAGAAGACAAUCAAGCACAACGGAAGAGAUCCUUAUAGCUAGAGGCUUCCGAAGACAAAGCACCACAGAGGAAAUGAUUCGAUGCCGUAAUUUUAGACGUCAAAGUUCUCAAUCUGAUGAUGUUUGUCAAAGGUAUCGAGGAAGACGAGAUUCAUGUGCCCAAAUAAUUGAUGGUACCAUCGGAACGAUGACUGAACCAUCUCCAUUGUAUGACAACAAUCAUUAUCACGAGGAAUGUUUAAGGUGCAACUCAUGUGCCAUAAAUCUCACUGGCGUCAAUCAAAAGCGUGCAAGACGUUUCAAAAACCAAAUUUUGUGCGAUUUGCAUUUUGCAGACGUUGCCCUCAUGGAAUGUUCUGACUUUAUGCAGCAAUUACGCAGUUUUAAACCACAAUCGUUGGGAUCUAUCGUUGCACGCCGCAAGAGCUCAACGACUUUAAUAUUUCCGUUACCACCUCAAGCAUGUUCAGACGAGUUUUGCGAAGAAUAUCCACAUGCCCUGAUCCCAACGCCUGGGUACUGGAUAGAAUGUUCACGACAAAAGAUUGCGCAGAUUAAUCAACACACGAUAUGGGAUGACAGUGAAUCGGAUCACGAUGAGCCAAGGCCAGGUUGCAGUGGCGAUGGUCAACAUGAGAGAAAUUAUGGAGAUUUAUAUGAAGACGAUGAAGAUUCAGAUUAUGUUCCGCGCAAAAAGACGACCAUUGAAGAACAAUGGGAACAACAACAAAGCUUUGAACUUACAUCGGUUGAACAGGAAACAUAUGAGAAGUAUUUUUAUGGAUCCGAACAUUGGAACUACUUUACAAACGACGAAGAUUUGGGUCCAGUCAUAUUAUCAAUAAAACAGGAAACAUUAAAUGGACGUGAUCAAUUUAGGAUAUUAGUUAGAGCCAUUUCUUAUACAGUUCACGGUCUCAUUCCUGCAUCAUGCGUUUUUGCUGACAGGUAUAACAGAGAAGAAGUCGUAAGGUCGUUGGGUAAAGAAGUUAAUUUGAAUCCUCCCUUGACACUCGGCCAACUGCCCGAUACACCCGAAGAGUUAUUAAAAUUGGAUCAAGUCUUUAUAAAAUCGGAACUUAAAGUUGGUGUGAUUUAUGUCAAAGAAGGUCAAUUUUCGGAAGAACAAAUUUUAGACAAUAAUGAGAAUUCGCCAAUGUUUGAAGAGUUUCUGCAACUGUUAGGAGAUAAAAUGAGAUUACGUGGAUUUGACAAAUACAAAGGCGGCCUAGAUACUGUUCACGACUUAACGGGUCUAUACUCGGUUUACACAAAUUGGAGGAAUAUCGAAAUAAUGUUCCACGUUAGUACGCAACUCCCAUAUGAACGUCAUGACCCACAAAAGCUGCAACGCAAGCGACACAUCGGUAAUGACAUAGUCUGUGUAGUGUUUUUGGAAGCUGACAAUACUGCCUUUAGUCCAGCGUGCAUUAAAAGUCAUUUUUUACACACUUUUAUAUUGGUACGAGUAUCAGCUAGAAUAAAAAGAAAGCCAACGCGUUAUGAAGUAUCAGUUGUGACAAGAGACGAAGUAAGCGCUUAUAAACCAUUUCUUUGGGAGCAAUCGGUAUUUGAGAAAGGCCCAAUGUUUAGAGAAUGGCUGUUAACGAAAAUUGUCAAUGGCGAACGAGCUUCUUAUUCAGCCCCAAAAUUCGCACGAAUGCAAGAGCGAACAAGAUCACAAAUGUUAGAAGAUAUUGUUGCCAAUUUAGCGAAUCAUGCAGAGACUGGUCAAAUCCCAAAGCCUUAUCGACGUGGAAGCUGGAGGCCGAUUGGACAUAUGCGACCAUCGUCACCACUACUCGACUCUGUUCGAGAUCAAUUCGAAGAUUACGAUCAAUUGGCGAAAGACUUCACACGUGUUUUCCUGAAUCUUGAACCGUCGUGUUUGCAAAACGCUCAUUUAUUUGAUGUAGUUUUUCUGGUGGGACAAUCGAAACAGAAGGCACGCUUUAUUGGCGUUCGUGCUAUACUUGGUGUUCGAUCGAGGGUUUUCCAGGAAAUGCUUUACGGUAUUCAGACUGGCUUCGGGUCACCGCAAGUACCUGUCGCUGAACUCUUAGCACGUCCCGCUCCAACUCUUUUAUCACCACAAAAUCAUCGUCCCAAAAGCUCAAAUUUCCUACAAGUUCCCGACAUUGAAUCACGACCGAAAAGUGUUCCAUCUUCACCGAUGGUCAAACGAGCAUUCUCUAGAUUGGGGACAAUAACUGCUGGCUGGGGUAGAUCAAUUCGUUCAAAGCAACAGUCUCAAUUGAAUGCUGACGAUAAGAAGAAAUGGGCAUCGUCUCAGGAUUGUUCGGACAAAGACGGCAAGGACCGAGCAUCAAAAGACAAAUCUAAUGCGCUAGCAGCAGUGCCUCGCUUAUCAGUUUGUGCCGAUGCUCAAAAGGUCGACAGAGCUAAACUGGCACAAACAGAAUUUACAAUUAUCGAAUUUGAUCCUGACACAUUUCGGGUAUUAUUAGAUUAUUUGCAUACUGGAAGUUGUCCACUCACAUGUCAAACAAUUCCCGGAUUGAUAUGUGCAGCUGAACAUUAUGAUCUACCCGAAUUGUUGCAAGCUUGCUUUCAUCAUGCCAAACAAUUUCUCAGGAUUGAUAUAAUCUGCUCCAUGUUAGUUUCGUUGGAGAAUUAUUAUUGGCGUUAUACGUCAGCGUCCGAGCUUGUUAAUAUGAUUUUGGCUUUCGUUGAAACUCGAGCUUAUGCCUUAUUUCAAACUGCAGAUUUUCUUAGCUUAAGUGAGAGCAUGGUACAGAUGAUUAUGUGCAGAAAUUUAGAAAUACCAGAAGUUCGCAAGUUUGAAGCGAUGUUAGCGUGGGCGAAGCAUAAGGUGAAGUCGAAAGUAUCUGCGAAACCAGACGCUAAAGUUGAGUUUCGAUGCAUUAUGGAGCGACUGGCAAGAGAUUUGAAACUUCAUCGUAUUUCACCUCAAGAGCUCAUUAAAAUUGUUUUACCAUCAAAAGCAAUAAAAAAUGAACGUAUUCUCGAGACUCUGAUGUAUCAAGCAAAUUCAGGAAUGUACAGAAUUCAAGACAGUUAUUUGGAGGCAUGUCAAGAACGCCUACAGAAGCAAGACUCACGUUACAGUGAGUUUGGUGAGUCUUUUGACUGUGGAUUAUAAAGCAACACCAUUUACAUCAUCUCCUUUAUUGAAUGGUGAUGAUGAUGAUGAUUAAAGACAACAUUUCUGUCCCUCGAUUAUUAUGUUGAUUCAUUGAGCAUCGAUACUUCAAACAGAUCACAUAAUAUUGAUAUUGAAAUUGAUAAGGAAUUAUCAUAUAUGUGUAGAUAAUUGAAAAGAUGAUGACGGCAAAAAUGUAUCAAUCAUUAAAAUAAUUGAGAAUGUUUUUUUAAUGUAUGACAUACGCUGUUGUGAGC